GUUCACGCCAAGUGGAGUACGGCAGUUUGUGUCAGACCACGGAGCACGAAAGAUGCUCCCGGUUGUUUACGGAACGGGUGGACCACCCUCGUCGCGGCGACGACGCCGCGCCACGAUUUUUCUCGGUGUCGUGUCUUCUGCGCUUGGAAACACCAGGAACGUCGCGAGUUCUUCUUCGAUCAUCAGGCCGGCUUCCACUGCCACCAUCAUGACCACCGCUUUGGGCCUUUUAAUGAUCCUGCUGCCAGCAGCGUAUCCGGACAAGAUCUCCAUCGGUGCAAUCUUCGAGCAAGGCACCGACGAAGUUCAGUCAGCCUUCAAAUUUGCGAUGUUCAACCAUAACCAGAAUACCACGACUCGGAAGUUUGAGUUGCAAGCUUUCGUAGACGUAAUUAAUACCGCAGAUGCUUACAAACUGUCUCGCCUUAUCUGCAGUCAGUUUAGCAGAGGGGUGUUCUCCAUGCUGGGUGCCGUGAGUCCGGAUUCAUUCGACACCCUCCAUUCUUAUAGCAACACGUUUCAGAUGCCUUUCGUGACGCCCUGGUUUCCCGAGAAGGUUCUGACACCGUCCUCAGGUCUCUUGGAUUUCGCCAUAAGCAUGCGUCCGGAUUAUCAUCGCGCUAUCAUCGACACGGUGCGAUAUUACGGCUGGAAGAAAAUCAUCUACCUCUACGACUCCCACGAUGGACUGCUCAGGCUGCAGCAGAUCUACCAGGGCCUGAAACCAGGCAACGAAUCGUUUCAAGUAGAAACAGUGAAAAGAAUACAAAAUAUGUCCGAAGCGAUCGAUUUUUUGCGCAGCUUGGAAGAAUUGAAUAGAUGGAGUAACAAGUACGUGAUACUCGAUUGUCCUACGGACAUGGCGAAAGAUAUUGUGGUGAGCCACGUGAGGGAUGUUGCACUUGGGAAAAGAACGUAUCAUUAUUUAUUAAGUGGAUUGAUAAUGGACGACCGAUGGGAGAGCGAGGUGAUCGAGUACGGCGCCAUCAACAUUACCGGGUUUCGAAUCGUGGAUGCUACGCGACCCUACGUCAAAGAUUUCCUAGCUGGUUGGCAUCGUCUCGACCCAGCUACGUCUCAAGGAGCUGGCCGCGAAUCCAUUUCUGCGCAAGCUGCGCUGAUGUACGACGCCGUAUUCGUCCUCGUCGAGGCGUUCAACAAGUUUCUGAGAAAAAAGCCGGAUAGAAGCAACGUGAGGCGAACAGGGAUUCCUGGCGGCAGUCAGAUUACCAAUGGCACCAGGGCACUGGAUUGCAAUAACAGUCGAGGCUGGGUGACGCCAUUUGAGUAUGGCGAUAAAAUUUCCAAGAAUCUCAGAAAAGUGGAAAUCGAGGGACUAACUGGGGAGAUCCGCUUCAACGAUGACGGUCGCAGGCACAAUUACACCCUCCAUGUCGUCGAGAUGACGGUCAACAGCGCCAUGGUCAAAGUAGCUGAAUGGACGGACGAGGCUGGAUUCCAGGCCAUCGCCGCGAAAUACAUUCGUCUUCGACCGCACACCGAAAUUGAGAAGAAUAAGACCUACAUUGUCACUACUAUUGUGGAGGAACCGUACAUAAUGAAGAAGAAAUCAGACACUGGAGAGAUAUUGACCGGCAAUGAUAGUUACGAGGGCUACUGCAAGGAUCUAGCUGACCUUAUAGCUAAGAAAUUGGGAAUAUCAUAUGAGUUACGAAUAGUUAAAGACGGUAAAUACGGAAUGGAAAAUCCAGACGUUCCCGGUGGUUGGGACGGCAUGGUUGGCGAGCUGAUUCGGAAAGAAGCAGACAUUGCCAUUGCUCCAAUGACAAUCACUUCUGAACGUGAACGAGUGAUCGAUUUUAGUAAACCUUUCAUGUCACUGGGUAUUAGUAUCAUGAUCAAGAAGCCCAUCAAACAGAAACCUGGAGUGUUCAGCUUCUUGAAUCCGCUGAGCAAAGAGAUCUGGGUCUGCGUUAUCUUCUCCUACAUCGGUGUAUCCAUCGUUCUUUUUAUCGUGUCCAGAUUCUCCCCGUACGAAUGGAGAGUACUGACUCUAAGUACCGGUGGGGAUCCCACAAUGGGUACAAGGAACGAUCCCACGCUACAACACCCACACGGAUCGCAAGGAUCUCCCCACAUUCCAACCUCGAGCAUGGCGAACGAUUUCAGUAUCAUCAACAGCCUUUGGUUCGCUUUAGCCGCGUUCAUGCAGCAAGGCUGUGACAUAUCACCCAGGUCGAUAUCAGGACGAAUCGUCGGCAGCGUCUGGUGGUUCUUUACCCUGAUCCUAAUCUCCUCCUACACUGCCAACUUAGCCGCGUUUCUAACCGUCGAGAGGAUGGUCGCGCCGAUUAACUCGCCGGAAGACCUGGCCUCGCAAACGGAAGUGCAAUACGGCACACUAUCUCACGGAUCUACUUGGGACUUUUUUCGCAAAUCGCAGAUUAAUCUCUACAGCAAAAUGUGGGAGUUCAUGAACUCACGGAAACACGUGUUUGUAAAAACAUACGACGAGGGAAUACGAAGAGUGCGAACCAGCAAAGGAAAAUACGCUCUCCUGAUCGAAAGUCCGAAGAACGAAUACAUAAACGAGAGGGAACCCUGCGACACAAUGAAGGUCGGCAGAAAUCUGGAUGCCAAAGGCUUUGGAGUAGCAACGCCAUUGGGAUCUCCUCUCAAAGAUCCCAUAAAUUUGGCGGUGCUAUCGUUGAAAGAAAACGGAGAAUUGACGAAACUGGUGAAUCGAUGGUGGUACGACAGAACAGAAUGCAGGCACGGGGACAAGCAAGACGCUUCUAGAAACGAACUAUCUCUCAGCAACGUGGCGGGAAUAUUCUACAUCCUCAUCGGUGGUCUGCUUUUAGCCCUGGCUGUCGCGCUGUUAGAAUUCUGUUACAAAUCACAUACGGAAGCUACCAGAGCAAAGAUCCCAUUGUCGGACGCGAUGAAGGCGAAAGCUCGAUUGACGAUCGGUGGUGGUCGAGAUUUCGACAAUGGCCGGUGGUACGGACUGCAGAGUUAGACGGAGGAUGCAUGCGCCUUUCCCGGGACCAUAAUACUACGCUCCGGCAAACGCGAUUGGCAAUACCGAGGGCGACCAGGUACACAGCAAUACGCAUACCCAGGUGUAAAUUACCCGGAGGAGAGCCCAGGCGAGUCGCCCGCCAUCUCCCUGCCCACGCCUCCACCGCCGCCGUUGAUGGCGGCCCUGCCUCCACCGCCGCCGCCGCCGCCCAGAAGACCGCCUCGAAGAAGCGUCACCUUCGCGGAAUCACCGCCGAAGAGCCCGAAGAAGUCGAGGUUCUCGCCUUUUCUGCGUAGGCCAAGCAUCACGAUGUUAGACGUCGCGGUGCCCUGGACACCGGCUUCGCCGCGCGUCUGGGCUGGUCGUCUCGGCGACUACAAACCCGAAUACAUCACGUAAAAACGAAAACAAGGAAAUAAAUCAAAGCACGAGCACAGAAGCUCUCCUGUCCCGUGGGCUGGUCAUAGAUCGUUAAAAUUUCGAUCUUCCGACAGCCUGGCACAAAGAUCCAAAGAUCCAAUAAUCCCGAGCAACGCGUUUGCCGCAAAUCGAAUCUCCGCGACGCUCGAUUUCUCGAGCGCUUCCCUCGAUCCUUGUUAGUUCCGUGUUCCAAAGAAGCUCGAAGGAGUUGGAAUUUCGAGCAUCGAUCACGAGAACGAUUCGUCUGUUUGUUCAAGUUCCUCGAAUCGUACUGCCACACAUACAUACACACGUGAUUUGAGAUCGUCGAUGACGUGUACCGAGUCCUUUCGGAAUGAUUCGUUCUUGCGAACAGGAACUAAACGAGUCCGAGGAAUCGCUCGAGAGGAACGCAGAGGAGCCGUGUGUCACGACUGAUCGACGAAGAUUCUUGGUAUCCAUAUUUGUUUCAGUUAGACGAGACGAACGAUGGUUUUGCGACAGGAAUCUUCGUGGACAGCCGUGUUUGUACAUUGUAUAUAUUACGUUGUAAUCGAAUCGAACGAGACGAAUCAAAUGGUGUAGAGAAAAGAAGAGAAGGACAACGCGUACGACCGGCUACCGGCGACGAGAACAGGUCGCGAAAUUCGAUAGUAGAAUUCGAUGGUCCUGGGGUGGGUGCAUGUGCAACCAGCAACUCGAACUAACACACUCAACUGCCAUUUCCGUGAGAGAACCCUGUAUACACGCGAGACACGAACGCAUGCACGCGCGCGUGCACGUACGAAUAUGUAUACAUUAUAUUUCGCGAGGGAAGAUACGCGGGUCGACCGAGGAAACGAAAGAACUUGCUGGAGAAAAACGAUGAAACGCGUAAGAGGAGAAUUCUGAGAGAAGCGACUGCGGAUGAAAUUCUGGCAGACAUCGAACGAAGAAGAAGGAAGAAAAAUAAAAAGGAAGAAAGAAACUGAAGAAGUUUGAGAAAACUGUGUAGAAAAAAAGAAUACAGGUCGACCGCGGUGUAACACUACUAUUAUUAUCAUUAUUCUGAUUACUAUUAUCGCGACAGCUAAGUUUUUAUUACGGAUUACGGUUCGUUACAGUUCGUUGUACACCGGUGCAAACUAUUUUGUGGAUCUCGCGAGAAUGGAUAAUUCGUUGCGUAAAGAAAUAAAGAAAGAAAAGAAAUCAAAAAAAAAAAAAAAGAGAAGAGAGGAAGAAAAGAAAAAGAAACAACACUGGAGCCGCGAUGCGUUUUUUAACUGACGAGAACGGUGUAUAAUCACAUCGAUGUGUGGGUACUGCGUGUGUGAUAAAUAAUAUAUAUAAAUAUAAAUAUAUAUAUAUACAAAUAUAAAUAUAAAUAUACAUACGUAUAGACGUUUAUCGAGAGAUGUGAGAUGAAAGCGUAGGAGAAAAUGUGUCAGAGAAUGCGUGAUGAAAGCGUAUGUGAAGAACAUAGGAUUAAACGAUAAUCGUGUAAACGCAUUAUUAAGUACCUAUCACUGCCAGUUCGCGCCGAUCCGAGCCGAGAGAGGACGAAGGACAAUUUUUCUUUUGUCCAUGGACACAGACUUUUUACACACGCCGCCGUUUUCAGGCCCCGUUUUCACGCCGCAAAACGAACAGGUUUCCUUGCGUUGUCGGAUCGCCGUGAUCUGGCUCGAAGAACGACGUUUACGGCCAAGGUUUUUCGUGCCAAAAGACGAUAUCUCUCCCGAUAACGAUAACGUCCAGUGCUACGCUGUUACGAAAGAAGAGGCUGCGGUAGAAGAAGACCUCCGACGCAAGGUAUAAAACAAACUUGAAAUAUAUACACAUAUAUAUAUAUACAUAUAUCGUUGGUGAAGAACAGAACACGAGAGGAGAACAGAAUACAUAAAAAGAACGAUGCUCUGUUAGCGAAAAUGUUUGAAUCGUUUGGAUAUUAUUUCUUGGAAAUAUUCAUGGAAAAUCAAUGUUCUAUUCGAAACACGCGUGCUUCUUUUAAACCGAAUAAACAAUUUUUGUAAUUGGAAAUUUUCAAGCAAUUCACUAUAUAAAACACUGUGUUCGAGAGUUUUCUUUCGUUGGUACUCUUUUAUAUUAAUACGAUAAAUUCCACGAUUCUAAAGGUGUAUCAAGAGCGAAAAAGCAAAAACGCGCAUGUACAUAUUUUUUUAAAGGUGAUAUAGAUACCCUUUUAAAAUUAUGGAUAUUCCUCUUUUCGAAGCGGAGAUUACGAAAAUCAAAAAACACUGCUUCCUCGAAAAAUACUUCUCAAGACGUUCAAAAUAUCGCGACUAGCGAGAAAAUAAUACGCCAGUGGUAUAAAAUAAAAAUCAAAAGCUCGAGGAUGUCCACGUUGACACGUAAAAUGCAGGCCGCCUGGAGCGUUUUUAAAACCGUUUUGAUCGAUCGAAAUCAAAAUUAAAAAUCAGAAUCGAACUGUGUCGAACAAGCGUCGAUUGUUACUCGGGUAUCAUCGUAGCACUGAACUGAACAAAGGGAGAGAGGUCGCGGAGCAAAAUUGCAUGUUGCGACGUAUAAAACUAUUUUUCUGGAACGCACUCUAACUAUCCCGCCGAGAAACUUCGGUUCACAUUUAUUUACCGAAACAAACUGCCAUAAACCGACGAUUAUCGAAGAACGAAAGACAAAAGGAAUACUCGUCAAUUGUUCGUGAACCUUGGUGACUCUUCGUUUCUUCCACCACGAAUUUUUUCUAUUUCACGAUUCCCCAUAGAUCCUUAAACAAAGAA